UCCCCACAUCGGAGAGCGGAAGAUCUCGGGCUGGAGAGCCCCGGGGCACCCCUUGGCUUGCGCUGGGCCGCUCUCCGACCAUCUCUGCGCAUGGGAGCAUGAGAGAGAGAGAGAGACCUCUGGCUGGGCAAAGCCUCCGACCGGGCAGGACGCAGGCCCAGAAGGGGACUCUGAUGCGCUGGUUCAUGUCAGCGGAGAGACCGGGACAGCGCUGAUGUGCUGAAGCGCUCCUCGGCUGGAGAUCUUGCUGCUUUUCGAACAGAGAAGAGAGGAGGGUGUCUGUCUGUCUUCUUGUCCUCCUCUGCCCCUCGGCUGCCAACCCGGAACCAGGAUGGGGGCCAUGUGUGACCCCGGCGGUGAGCCGCCCUGCCAGCCCUCCCCGUGCCGGUGGUGAAGAAGGACCCAAGCUCCUCGAAUGACCGCUUUUUGGUUCCGCACGGGGAUGCCCGACCGAGGGGCAUCCUGUGGCAUCGGCAGCCGGGCCUCCUUCCUUACCAGCCCCCUCAGCCUUGGCGCAGCCGCUUGGGCGUUCAAAGGACUCGCACCGCUGCGCCUUCCCCAGCAUGAAAAAUCAAGAGGAGGCCCAGCCCUCGGGAGAGGUCGCCCGGGGCUCUGGGCAUGUCUUGAUCGGCGCCCCUGAGCCUGAUGGGCAGGGUCUGGGGGCCAUGCCAGAAACGGAGAGCCCCCCGGGAGACCCUGGGGCACGGCCAGCCCCAGAGGAUGAGGUGCUCUCUCAGGGAAGCUCGCUGUGCUCCUCCGAGGCCACACCAGAGAGCACGGGGCCGUGCGCUGCAGAAGGAGCCAGCUGGGGCCAGGCGGAUCCCUCGCCUCAGUAUGGGGUGACCUAUCGCUGCCUCUUGCGCCAGAAUCAGGUCCUCCUCACAGCCCUGGAGGAGCUGCAGUCCCGCUGUGCCAGCCUGAAGAAGGAGAACAACCUUCUGCGCAAGACCUGCUUCCCGGAGACGCAAGAGAAAGUGAGACACCUCAAGCGGAAGAAUGCUGAGCUGGCCAUCAUCGCCAAGCGCCUGGAGGAGAGAGCCAGGAAGCUUCAAGAAGCCAACCUCAAAGUGGUGAAUGCCUCAGUCGUCAUGAAGGGCUCGUGCGCGGGUCUCUGCAAGAAAGCACUGGCCCGCCAGCGAGCCACUGACCUGCGGGAUCAAGCCACCGCCCUGCUGGCCAAAGACAAGCAGAUCAAGGCCCUGCAGCAGGAAUGCCAGGAGCUGCAAGCCAAAAUCACAUCCGGAAAGGAGAUUUCCCCGCCUCUCCUGGACUUCCAUCACCUCCUCCGGGAGUCUCAGAAGGAGGUCCUACGGCUUCAAAGGCAAAUAGCACUGAAGAAUUUCAAAGCUUCCACGGGCUCUCCAUGUGGACGGGGUUCGAGAGAUGCCUCCGGGGCUCCCUCAGUGGGUUUGGGGCCACCCAUGGCCUCCAGGGCCACCACCUGCCCGAAUGGCUUUUCUCCGCCAAGGGGAUCACGGGUUCGAGAAGAGCUGUCCCCUGCCACGGAGGCAGCAAGCAAGGUUGGCAUUAAGCCAACAGUCAAGUUUCUAGUCCUUAACACGCGGUGUCUUUGUGGAUGGCGAAGGAGCUUCAGAUGUGGACUGACCCGAUCCCCGCCUUCCCAGCCGGGCUGUUCCAUUGCUGGCCUCAGAGGGGCCGAGGAGGAAGGCCGGCUCCUGACUCCGCCUCUGUCCGGCAGUGGUUCCUCCCGCCCGCCCGGAGCUCUCCGUGGUGCUGAAACGGGACGAACCAACGCCGGCCGCAGGUAG